AUGGCGUUUUCGAAUGACGUUCCAAAAACGACCAACUUGCAAGAAAUCGCUUCAGAGGCUCUGGCCCAAGUGGAAUCCAUGUUGGAACUCGAACGUCGUUUAUUGGCUAAGGGGUUGACGGUCAACCGUGGCACAUCAGCUCAUUUGCACUCGCUUAUGGUAUCUGCCGACGCCGGAUCGAAACAAAGGGACUCCACCCUAAAUGCGAGUCGAAUCCUGGCUGCAUCAUCUCUAGUGAAAGCUAAAUUUAAUUGGAGCGCAGACGAGGCCAGAAGAGAACUCCCACUUUUUUCGUUGGCAAACACGGACCUGAAGGCUUCCUGCCCAGAUUCUACCACCUGCUCAGCGCCCAGCAAAUACCAACCUAUUGACGGGUCGUGCCAUAACCAAGUCCAUCCGCAAUGGGGAAAAGCGAACACACCUUUUCAGCGCAUAUUGCCCAACGCAUACGCCGACGGUGUUUAUGAGCCACGGAAAGCGGUUAACGGUACCGAACUGACAAGUCCCCGUGUCAUUAGCACAACAGUCAUCCAACGGCCCACUAGAACUUCAGACGAUUACACUUUGGUUCUGAUGACGUGGGGGCAGUUCAUUACCCACGAUAUGACCAAGUCUUCUUCUUUUACUUCAGCGGAUGGAAAAACCCCUCAGUGCUGCAACGUAACCAGCGGGGGGCCCUUAGACGCCGAACUCCUUCAUCCGUUUUGUUUGCCGAUUCACAUCCCAGAAGACGAUAGAUUUUACAGUCAGUAUAACCAGACUUGCAUGACGUUCGUUCGUACACACAUCGGAGGUGAUUACAGCUGCACUUUGGGACACGCUGAACAGUUGAACAGCAUAACUCACUGGCUGGACGGAUCAAUGGUUUAUGGAAGCUCUUUAUCCGAAUUAAAUAAUUUGAGAGUUGGAGAGGAGGGUCUGCUAAAAUACUCGACCACUGAUGGCAAGGAAUUGUUACCUCUCAGGCCCGGCUGCUCUACUUGCUAUUUCGCCGGUGACGCCAGAGCCCUUGAGAAUCCGCAGUUGACCAUCAUACACACGUUAAUGAUGCGCGAACACAAUAGAAUCGCCAGAGCUCUGAAAAAACUCAAUCCUCUGUGGGACGAAGAGACACUCUUUCAAGAGACUCGACGCAUUGUCGUUGCGGAACUACAACACAUUACGUACAACGAAUAUUUACCCGCCAUGCUAGGCGAAAAGGCAAUGGAGGACUUUAAAUUGAAACCGUCGACGGUGGGAGUUCAAUACAACGAAGAAACUGCUGUCAAUCCUUCGAUAUUGAACGAAUUCGCAGCCGCUGCCUUCCGCAUCGGUCAUUCUCAAGUUCAAGGAUCUCUAGUUCUUUAUGACGAAAACAAUCAAGAGGUCACCGAUCAAAGUUUCACGCUGAGCAACUCCUUCUUCAACUCUUCCAUGGUGCCCCAACCGGGAUUCAUUGACAAUGCCAUACGUGGUCUAACUAAACAAGUUCCGUCCAGCGUAGACGUUGAAUACACAUCCCAAUUAACUAAUCUUCUAUUCAAGGGGUCGAAUGGUUUUGGAAUGGAUUUGGUGUCGCUCAACGUGCAACGAGGUAGAGAACACGGAAUUCCGGACUACAAUACCGUUCGAGCCUUUUGUGGUCUGUCGAAAGCAGCUUCAUUCGAAGAUCUCUCAAACGAAAUCGAGCAACAGACGAUUGAUAACCUGAAAUCAGUUUACGAUUCGGUUGACGAUAUCGACUUGUACAUCGGCUGCCUUUCCGAGUCCUCGAAACCUGUUGCCGGAUCUGUGCUAGGACCCACGGCACUCUGUAUUAUAGCCAACCAAUUCGCCAUCAUUAAGAACAACGAUCGCUAUUUCUACGAUGUCACAAAUCAAAUCAGUUCGUUGUCAACAGGGCAAUAUGACGAGAUUCGAAAAUCAGCCAGUUUGGCUCGAAUCAUGUGCGACAACAACAACGGAGAUAUAAACACUAUCCAGCCAAAUGUUUUCCGAGCCCCGAUAAGUGACAACGGUAAACAACAGUGUAGCAUCAUCCCAUCGAUAAACUUGGACAUGUGGAAGGAUCCUAAUGCUACUGCCCCCACCAGCAAAGCCACUGUCGUUACGCCGUCAAUUAUUCUAAUCGCACUGUUCAGCGCCAAGUUGUUAUUGUAACCGCACCCUCCAGCCAAUUCACACCUUCAAUUCAAUUUACACCAUUUAAUUUUUACGUAUUACGUCUCUAAUUAAAAUCGAAUAAAAAUAGAAUGCA